GGUGGGUGUUUUCCACAGGCUUUCGGCGAGAUGAGGUCGUUGAUGAGGUGGGAGGGCUGGUGCGCGGCGGAAGCCAACGCAACAACAGCACACGCGCCUCCGGCGGCGGCGGUGGUGGAGUCUGGCGCUGUGCUCGGGUCAUGCUUCCAGGAUCUGGUGGUCUACUCUGGAGCCGCGCUCAUCGUCGCUGUGGCCGCCCUAGCAACUUUGGUCAUUGUGAGGAAGCGCGCCCACCGCUACAACAAGCAAAUCCCCAAGCCGCUCUGUGUUUGGCGCGGGGCAUGGCUGCGCAACGUGGAGCUGCUCGCGUGCGUUGCUUGCGUCGCCAUGCCAAUUGUGCAGGUGGUUGCGCUCAACCUGCAGCAUGCUGCAUGGAUCUUGUUUACGGCCCUCAAUGCCGUGGCAUGGCUCCUGUACGCUUCCGUCUUGGAGCAAUACCCAGACGCCCAGCUGAGGGCCAGGCUCGCACAUGCUGCCAGCAGCUCUCGCGGCGUUCAACGCGCGCCCAUCAGCAUGCGCCUAACCGGCCUCUUGCUCACAGGCGCUGGGGCAUACCGCCUAUGGACGAUUCUGGCGCAAGCGCAUCCCCAGCUCACAUCAGCACACACCAUCGGCGAGCUUGCGCAGAUUGGCACCUUCUUCCUGCACACGCUGAUCAUGUUGGUGUCGCUGUGCGUGCCCAUGCGCGCGUGCUUCCUUCGACCGCCUGUUCGCGUGCGCCGCACUGGCGUGAGCAUCCAAGACGACGACGGCGCGUUCCACACCGCACACGAGGCCACACCCCUGCUGUCCACCUCUGGCAGCGCCGCGUGGCAGCGAGACGACCUGUUCAAGUACAACAGCGUCAAUCGCCUCACAUCAAAUGCACGCGCCAAACCGCAGGAGACAAGCGCAUCUGUCUUCUCCAAGCUUGUCUUCCAGUGGGUUGACCCGCUCCUCCACUUUGGCUACUUGUGCGACAAGCUGCAGUCUGAAGACUUGUUUGGGAUGCCAGAUCACCUGAACACUCAGGCGCUCUGUGAUGCGUUCUCUUCACACGUGUUUGCUCUCCGCCAAUCACAUUCGGACAAGCACUUUGUGCUCAGAGCAUUCAACAGGUGCUAUGGGUGGCGAUAUUAUCCGCUUGCUGUCCUCAAAGUGCUGGCAGAUGCCGCCGGUUUUGCAGGACCGCUCCUCCUUCAUGAACUGGUGCAACUGAUUGACGAGGAAAGUCCAGACUAUUCGAAAGGAUACAUGUAUGCAGGCCUGUUGGUGCUGUGCACGGCCUUUGGCAGCUUCUGCAACAUCCACUACACGUUCCAGGUGAACAAGACGCAGGUUGCUGUUCGUGCCGCUGUCACCUCCACCGUCUAUCGCAAGGCGCUUCGCUCACGUGUCGGCGAAAAGCGCAAAGAUGCCGGUGCAGACAGCGAUGGGAAGGAUGAGAAGGAUGAGGAAACCAGAGAAAAGACCAAGAAGACCAAGAAGCAAGACGAGCAGCAACGCUCGCUGUCCACUGUUGGUGGUGUCAUGAAUCUCAUGAGCACAGAUGCAGACAGGCUCGCCAACUUCUGCCCAAGCUUCCACCAGUUUUGGAGCCUGCCGUUCCAGAUUGCAGUGUCGCUGUACCUGUUGUAUCAGCAGGUUGGCGUGUCCUUCCUCGCCGGCCUGUGCUUUGCCCUUGUCAUGAUCCCGCUCAACCGCGCUGUCGCCAAACGCAUCGGCGCCCUCGGCAAAGACCUCAUGCACAACAAGGACGAGCGCGUGAAGCUCACGGGCGAGGUGGUCAGCGCGAUUCGCGUCGUGCGCAUGUACGCGUGGGCGCAUCUGUUUGAGGAGAAGAUCAACACCAUUCGUGAGCGCGAACUAAAGGCCCUGCGCGGCCGCAAGUACCUCGAUGCCGUGUGCGUGUACCUGUGGGCAACAACCCCUGUGCUCAUCUCCAUUAGCACGUUUGCCACGUAUUCGCUGCUCGGGCACCGGCUCACCGCCGCCACCGUGUUCACCAGCAUGGCGCUGUUCAACACCCUCAUCGGCCCGCUCAAUGCGUUCCCCUGGGUGCUGAACGGGCUUGUGGAGGCGUGGGUGUCGCUUGACCGCGUGGAAAGCUACCUCCGCCUCAGAUACACCUUUGGAUCCGUGCAGAAGGCGGCCGCACACGCAGCUAACUGGGCCCCAGACACACCCUCCACGCCAUCACCAGCCGCAACAGGAACAGUAACGGCAACAGCAGCAGCAGCAGCAGCAACAACAACACGAAGGGCAGCCCGACCUGCCUCACUGUCAUCCUCAGCGUCUUCGUCAUCUGCAUUGGCUGUGCGCCAAUCUCCAGCAACGCCCAACGCUGCCGCUGGUGUUGCGGUGUCAUUGCACGACGCCUACUUCUCGUGGCAGGACCAAGCACGGAACAAGUUGCAUGCAAGCAACGGCGGUACCAGCGCAAGCGCGGGGAGUGCAGCGUACUUCUGUGUCCUGCGCGGGGUCAGCUUCGACCUGCGCCAGACGGAAUGGGUGUGCUUGACCGGAGCUGUGGGCAGCGGCAAGACCAUGUUGCUGCUUGGCAUGCUUGGUGAGCUUGCGCCCACGCGCGGGCAGGUGCUGGUGUCUUCGGCUGUGCAAGAGCGAGGCAUUGGGUAUGUGCCCCAGGAGCCCUGGAUCCGAAACGCCACCAUCCGCGACAACAUCCUGUGCGGGCGGCCCAUGCACCGCCAUCUGUACGACCGCAUCCUGCACGCGUGCGCGCUCGAGGACGACCUGCAGUUCAUCAAAGGCGGCGACGGCGCCGAGCUUGGAGAGAACGGCAUCAACCUGAGCGGCGGGCAGAGGGCGCGCAUUGGGCUGGCGAGGGCUGCAUACCAGCAGCUGCCGCUGUACCUGCUCGACAGCCCGCUGGCGGCGCUGGACAGGCCAACAGCACGCCACGUGCUGCAGCACUGCAUCUGCGGUGUGAUGGCAGCCAGCGCUCGUGUGCUGUGCACGGAGAACAGGGAUGCGCUCGCCUCGGCACCACGCGUUGUGCGGGUGGAGGAUGGUCACCUGGCAGAUGCAACGGCCGAGUACCAACAGCAGCAGCAGCACGACGAUGGUCACCACGGCAAUGUCCAUGGUGAUGGUGAUGGUGAUGAUGAUGAUGGUCGUGCCGAUGGCGAUGAUGAUGACAACAACGAUGACGACCAUACUGGUGCCGAUGGCGAUGAUGAUGACAACGAUUAUGAUGAUGGUGAGGGACCUCCCAUGGCUGAGGUGCGUGGCGCACUGCAGCGCAGCAGUCGCAAAGGGAGAGCCCGUGGGUCGACUUCAUCGUCGCCGCAGCAGCAGGACGAGGGGCAGCUGCUUGCUGAGGAGGAUCGCGUGGUGGGCACGGUGCGCCUGGCCGUGUACGCGUCGUACGUGCGUGCCAUUGGCGGCGUCCUGGCGGCUGGGGUGUUGGUGGCCAUGACGCUGAUGCAGGGCUCCAAGAACGUCUCUGACUGGUGGCUGAGCAACUGGGUCACCCACGCCGACCGCAACAGCAGCAGCGAUGCGCGCCAGUACCUUGAGAUUUACGGGUUUAUUUCGCUCGGCAACACAGCGUUUACGCUCGUGCGCGCAUUCCUGUUUGCGUACGCGGGCGUGGUGGCUGCACGCACCAUCCACAGGCGCCUACUGCACCGCGUGUUUGGCGCGCACAUCUCCUUCUUCGACAGAAAUCCGGUGGGGCGUAUUGUGAACCGGUUUUCGUCCGACAUCAACUCUGUCGACGACUCGCUGCCCUUCAUCGCCAACAUCCUCCUGGCGCAGCUGUUUGGGCUGCUGGGCACGGUGGCGGUCAUGUGCUACAGCCAGCCCUACUUCCUGUUCCUGCUGCUCCCGCUCUCUGUGCUGUACUACCGCAUCCAGCGCUACUACCGCAAGACGUCACGUGAGGUGAAGCGGCUUGGCAACAUUGCGCGCUCUCCAAUCUACGCCCACUUCUCCGAGUCGCUCACCGGGGUGGUGAGCGUGCGUGCAAUGCACAUGGUGCGGCAGUUUGAGCUGGAAAAUGUCUCGCGCAUGGACGCAAACCAGAUUGCGUCAUACAACGAGCAAGUUGUGUCGCAAUGGCUGAGCGUGCGGCUGCAGGUGCUGGGCGUGGGCAUGCUGGCGGGGGUGUCGUUUCUGGCGGCGGCACAGCACCACAGCGGGGGCGCAAAUCCGGGGCUGGCAGGCCUGGCCAUCUCGUAUGCGCUCUCUGUGACGGGCGUGCUGCAGGGGCUGGUCACAGCGUUCACAGAGACGGAGAAGGAGAUGGUGUGUGUGGAGCGGUGUGAUGCGUUUAUCCAUACACCGCAGGAAGAAGAAGAUGAUGAUGACGAUGAUGACACAGAGCAAGGCGGGGACGACCACAGGAAAGCCCUGCUGCCGCAGGCACGUGGGUCUGGUGGUACUGGCAACAGCAGCAGCAGCAGCAGCGGGCACAGGAAACUGUUGGUUGCGUUGCCAGAUUCGUGGCCGCAGCGCGGGUGCAUUGAGUUCUCACACGUGAGCGUGCGGUACCGGCGCGACCACGCGAUGGCGCUGCAGGACUUCUCGCUGCGCGUGGGCGGGGGCGAGAAGGUGGGCAUCUGUGGGCGGACCGGGUCUGGCAAGUCGACGCUGUUCCGGGCGCUGCUGCGGAUGGUGGCGUACAGCGGACGCAUCAGCAUGGAUGGUGUGGACAUUGCGCACGUGGGGCGGCAGCGGCUGCGGGAGAGCAUAGCUGUGAUUCCACAGGACCCGGUCAUGUUCAGCGGCACAAUCCGCAGCAAUCUCGACCCCUUUGGGCAGCAUGCAGACGCCACGCUGCUGGGCGUGCUUGACAAGUGCUGCCUUGCACGGCGUGUGGGCUCGCUUGACGACGAGGUGGAGGAGCAGGGGCGCAACAUGAGUGCAGGGGAGCGCCAGCUGCUGUGUCUUGCGCGGGCGCUGCUGCGCGGAUGCCGCGUGCUGUGCAUUGACGAGGCCACGGCAAACGUGGACGCACACACGGAUGAGCUGGUGCAGCAGACGAUUCGAGACAACUUUACGGCGUGCACGGUGCUGACCAUUGCGCACCGCACGAACACGCUGCAGCACUGCCACCGUGUCAUUGAGCUUGACCACGGCCGCCUCGCGCGCAUCGUCCAACAACAACAAUAAUGUGCCUUUUCUUUCAUGUGUUGUGUGUGUCUGUGUGUGGGGGUGUGUGUCUGUGUCUGUGUCUGUGUGUGUGUGUGUGUGUGUGUGUG